AUGACGGGAAUCAAUACCGGCAUCGUGUCUGACCCGGCGGCCCCGUUUGGAGGCAUCAAGGAGUCUGGAUUCGGACGAGAGGGCGGCCGGUAUGGCAUGGAAGAGUUCCAAGUCACUAAGACUAUCAAUAUCGGAGGUUUAGGACUACCAAUGACGCCGCUGCCUGCUUAG